AUGGGGUAUCAUUUUCAAGCCGGGAAUCAGACAGUCGAUUUUGUCCUUCACAAGGAACUUAGCAUACUCCGCGCAACCGUGAAGUACAUCACUGUCGCCCUUGCUACAUUGUUUGCAACAACUGCGAUUGCUGCUCCUACGGCCAAUAGUCCUACGUUUCCGGAUAAACGUGACAGUGAUGUCGACUCUGUUCAAGCCGGGGGCUGGUACAAUGGGCUGAAGAAGCGAGAACCGGCCCCCGAGUCUGAUAUUGAUACGGUUCAAGCUGGAGGCUGGUACAACGGACUGAAGAGCAAACGUGAUCCAGCCCCCGAGUCUGAUGUCGACACAGUCCAAGCUGGGGGCUGGUACAAUGGACUGAAGAGCAAACGUGAUCCAGCUCCCGAGUCUGACGUUGACACGGUUCAAGCUGGUGGAUGGUAUAACGGCCUCAAGUAG